UUCAGCUUCUGGUGGUGGUGCAGGAUCGUCGACCUAUGACUCACCCGUCGACCUCCGACUCUCCCACGUUGCCAAAGCGAUGCGAGUAGCGAAGAAAGUGCUCCACAAUUUGGUCGAAGCAGCUGAGAAAAUGGGUUUACAAGUUGCUUCUCCUGUGAGUGAGCCAGAAAGUUCCCAGAAGUUCUGUGAUGCUUUGAAGAGAGACGAUGAUGGGCUAUGGAACAUCGCUACGGGUCUGAAAUAUUUGCAACGAGCACAGACUGCUUGUUUGCGGACGCAGGAAGAAGCACUGAAAAUGAUAGUGGGCCCGUCAGACUUAUGUUGAGAUAAUCAGUAGCAGUACCCCUUGGCCUUAACUUGUAAGUCUACUUACUUACUAACUUCUACUUGUUCUCUAGUACCCCAUUGACUUAAAGAGCACAGUUUAACUCUAGCUUCUUCUAGUUCUAACCAGCCACUCUUCGCCAGGCAAAGACGAC